AUGGCGGCGCAACCGGAUGGCCGCCGAGGUGGGGAGGAGGAAGAGAUGGAAGGCGGGGGCCGGCAUCAUCGGCAGCAGCAUCAGCAGCGGAGGAACGGCGGCGACGACGAGGCGUGGCGGCGGUGGGCGGUGCUGGUGUCGACGGUGUGGAUCCAGGCGCUGACAGGGACCAACUUCGACUUCUCGGCCUACUCGUCGGCGCUCAAGUCGUCGCUGGGGGUCUCCCAGGAGGCGCUCAACUACCUGGCGACGGCGUCGGACAUGGGCAAGGCACUGGGCUGGUCGUCGGGGCUGGCGCUGCUCCACAUGCCGCUCCACGCCGUGCUCAUGGUUUCCGCCGCCAUGGGGCUCGCCGCCUACGCCGUCCAGUACUACUGCCUCGUCGCGUCCGUCGCCGUCCCCUACCCUCUGGUGUUCUUGGUCUGCUUGAUAGCAGGGUGCAGCAUCUGCUGGUUCAACACAGUCUGCUUUGUUCUCUGCAUCCGCAGCUUCUCUGCAAACAACCGCUCCCUAGCCCUCUCCCUCUCAAUAAGCUUCAACGGGCUCAGCGCUGCCUUCUACACUCUCUUUGGGAAUGCCCUCUCCCCUUUAUCCCCAGCUAUCUACCUCCUCCUCAAUGCAAUCCUCCCUCUUGGUGUUUCUAUUCUUGCACUCCCAGCGAUCCUCCUCUGCCACACAAAUGACAGCCACCUCCAAAGUGCGCCCAGGCACGACAGGCGUGUCUUCCUCGGUCUCUACAUCCUCGCAUUCAUCACCGGCAUAUAUCUGGUGAUCUUUGGAUCUUUCACUGCAACCGGCUCAACUGCAUGGGUCAUCCUCACAGGUGCCACGGUCCUCCUCGCCCUUCCUCUCAUCAUCCCUGCCUGCUCCAGUUGCUCAUAUAUGGAUACAGAUGGCCCUGACCGUGCAUCGCCACUAAACCAUGAUGAUCCACAUAAGCCACUCCUAAUCAGUAACAAUCAUCAGAUGGAGUCCAAUGCGAUGACACCAAAACCAAUGGAGCACCAGACGCAGGGCAAUUGUUGUGGAACAAUAGUGGGCAAGGGCCGCCUGGUGGCACUCGGUGAAGAACAUAGUGCAAAGAAGCUCAUUCGGUGUGUGGACUUCUGGCUCUACUACACAGCCUACUUCUGUGGAGCCACUGUUGGCCUGGUAUACAGCAACAACUUGGGGCAGAUUGCGCAGUCAUUGAACCAACAGUCACAGCUCACCAUGCUACUUGCUGUCUACUCAUCCUGCUCCUUCUUUGGUCGACUUCUUUCUGCACUACCUGACAUCCUUCACAGGAAGGUGUCACUUGCUCGCACAGGGUGGCUUACUGCUGCAUUGGUCCCCAUGCCAGUGGCGUUUUUCCUUAUGUGGAACCAACAAAAUGCAAGCACCCUGGUAGCAGGAACAGCACUAAUUGGCCUAAGCUCAGGGUUCAUCUUUGCUGCAGCAGUGUCAGUGACCUCCGAGCUCUUUGGACCAAAUAGCGUUGGGGUGAAUCACAACAUACUAAUCACCAAUAUCCCGCUGGGCUCACUCCUCUAUGGCCAGAUUGCUGCCAUGGUAUACGAUGGAAAUGGCCAAAAGAUGACACUAAUGGACAACCGCACUAGCAUUGUUGACACCACGAUUGUGUGCAUGGGGAUGAAGUGCUACUCAACCACCUUCUUCCUGUGGGCUUGCAUCACAUUUCUAGGGUUAUCAUCAAGCAUAGUUCUAUUCAUACGAACAAAACCAGCUUAUGCUACUGCUGCUAGCCGGUCAAGUUGUAAGCACCUUAACCAAGUUUCCAGUUAA